AACCACCGCGCAGAAGCAGGAACUUCCUGUGGUUUCCAUGGUGACAGUGGACGCUUCCUGGAUCGCUCAUGGCUUUCUUCGGGCUGACUAAUCUCGGGUAUCAGGAUCCUCUGCUGGCCGCCCGAAUUCAGGAGGACUCGGGAAUAAGUGGAAAGAAUACAACAAAACUUCCUGCCCUUGCUCCCCACUGUUCAUAUGUGAGUUAUGGGAAAUAUCAGGAGAUGGUUAGACGUCACCAAGAUCUGAGGACUCCUAAACAAACCCAGAGAAUCCCACUGACUACAGCCCAGCAGUAUGGAUGGUGGCUGCCACAGGACCCCAAGGCAAAACCAGAAAGUGACCAUCCUUGGAUUCAAAGUACACGACAUCCCAUGAUCAAUAGCCCAAUGACCAGGUUUGUGGAUCAAAUGGCGGCGACUAACAAAGAAUUCCGUUUAUUUUAACACCUACCAUGAAGCAUAGAGGACACCAGUUAUUAACAUUUCUUUUGAUAUAUAACAAUAUAACUAUAGUGCCAUUUGUUACAAUCAGCCUUAUGUCAUCAAUGUUUGCUAGUUAUACUUGCACAAUAUUAAUUCUUUGUUUUGGCCACUGAGUACAUUAAAAGCCUGGUUAACUUUGUACACAAA